CACUUCCCCCUCCUCCUUCGCCUCCUCGUCCUCUCUGAGUCAAAUUGAGGAGACGUUCGUGGUGGUAGCUUCUUAGGUUUGCCUCCUCCCACUCUCUCAGCAGCCUCCUUUGAAAAACCGCGACGCGAUGAAGACGUCUUGGCUGAGCGGAGCAGCAGUAGCCUUCUUCGGCCUGGUUCUCGCGGUGGCCGUUCUCACCCGUUCGACCUCCGCUUACGUCACGUCCUUCCCUGAGGAGCCCGAUAUCGAUGGAACACUCAUCACCGUGGGCAUUGCCGUGGCCAAAUUCCUGGCGGGGCUGGUCCCUUACCCCGGCGUCUCCGCUCUCCUCCUGGCCAUUAUCCACGCCUGGGAGCCCAAGCCCGAGGACAAUUACUGGGACCACGUGAAGGAUAACGUAGCCCAGGUGUGCGGGAACUUCGUCAAUGAGCAUAAUAUGGCUCAGGUGGUUGUGUACAAGAACGAUCUGCUGUCUUUGUUGAAGAAGUACGAGCGCGCGGGCGUGGAAAGCGACGGUACGUACCCCGACAAAAACACGGUCGCUGAUGCCAUCACGACGUCCAUCAUUUCCAAUCGGUAUCUGGUGGAGGCGACAGAGAUGCCGUGGUCGAUGAGCGUCGAUUUCACCGACAUCGCUAGCGUCCAUGUCCUUAUCUUGAAGGACGUAGCAGAAGCCUACAGCGAACCAGGAGCCGUGUCGAGAUGGUGGGUCGACCUAUCUCGCGAACUCAGCCACUACAUCGAGUACGGGACCUACCUUCAGGCCGAGACUAUGACGUGGAGGGACACGAAGAUCGAGUGCUUCUUUGACGAGGCGAGCGGGGGCUGCCUGGCCUUCGAGUGGAUGGGAAUCGACUGCUACGAUGAAUAUGUGAUCAAGGACCACGUCUCCGGCUACCAGGAGAAGUGCAACCAGCUCCACCCCGACAAGCCCGAAGAAGGUUCCUGCGUGAGUUUCUGCCCCCUGUACCAGCGCCACGUCGACCAGGACUCCGCCCGAUGGAUCCACCACAACAUGGGCGUGGUCGUGGAGGAAUGGGCGGCGCUGAAGCUCCAGGCGGACGGGAUGGCUCAGCAGGCGUCCAGGUACUACAAUCCCCGUACAAAGGACAACCAGUAGUUAUUUCAAAAUUUUGAAACAUGAAGAAGUUGACAAAAAAAAAAAAAAAAAAAAAAAAAAAAAAAAUCCUCUCAAACACCUAGACGAAAUAUGAUGUCAAUUUGCAAUGAUUUCAAAAAGACACUCAAAGUUUAAA